GUCAGCAUGCCGCGUGGCUGGGCCGCCCCUCUGCUCCUGCUGCUGCUCCAGGGCGCCUGGGGUUGCUCAGACCUUGUCUGCUACACCGAUUACUUCCGGACGGUCACCUGCUUCCUGGAGACGUGGACCCCCCACCCCAGCGUGCUCACCCUCACCUGGCAAGACCCCUACGGAGAACUGGAGGAUGAGGUCACCUCUUGCAGCCUCCACCGGUCCACGCACAAUGCCACUCACGCAAAAUACACGUGCCACAUGGAUGUGUUCCGCUUCAUGGCCGACGACAUUUUCAGUGUCAACAUGACAGACCAGCCUGGCAACCGCUCCCAGGAGUGUGGCAGCUUUGUCCUGGCCGAGAGCCGUGAGUACUUGGAGGAGAACCCAGGCGAGGUUGGGCCCCACGCUCCCCGGGCCAGCUCCCCCUGCCUCUCGUUGGAGGUCGGCCCUGUAGAUGCGGCGUUUGCCAGGUGUGGGGUGGCAGCGGGGCCUGGCCUGAACCAGAGACAGAGUCCGGGGAGGAAGCUGAUCUCAGUGGACGUCAGGAGUGUCUCCCUCCUGCCCUUGGAGUUCCACCCAGGCGCCAGCUACGAGCUGCAGGUGCGGGCGGGGCCGCAGCCCGGCUCCUCCUUCCAGGGGCCCUGGAGCGAGUGGAGUGACCCGGUGCUCUUUCGCACCCAGCCAGAAGAGCUCACGGCAGGCUGGCACACGGACCUGCUCUAUCUCUUCCUGGUCUUCACGCUCCCCAUCCUUGUCUACUUAGGUCUGAAGAUCCGCCUGCCUUGGAGGCUGUGGAAGGUGUGGGUGCAGGUGCCCAGCCCCGAGCCAUUCUUCCAGCACCUGUAUGUGAGCCACAGCGGGAACUUCAAGAAAUGGGUGGGCACGCCCUUCACUGCCUCCAGCCUGGACCUGGGCCCCUGGAGCCCAGGGGUGCCCUCGCCCUUGGAGAUGUACAACUGCUGCCCCCCGCUGAGUGCAGCCCAGGGGCUGGAGACCACGCUGCUGCCCGCGCCUGCGGAUCUGGUGGAAACCGACAGCGCCCCUAAGCCCGAGCCCGAGCCCGAGCCCGAGCCGGGCUACUGGGGCCCUGCCCCCUGCACUGGCAGUGCGGGCAGCUCAGCUUACAGCCAGGAGGGGGACCGGCCCUAUGGCCUGGUGUCCAUCGACACGGUGACCGUGGUGGGUGCAGAGGAGCCGUGCGCCUGGCCCUGUACCUGUGGGGAAGAUGGCUACCCAGCCCUGAACCUGGACGCUGGCCUGGAGCCUGGCCCGGGCACCGAGGACCCGCUCUUGGGCCCUGGGGCCACAGUCCUGUCCUGUGGCUGCGUUGCAGCUGGUGGCCCUGCCGGGCUGGGGGCCCCCUUGGGCAGCCUCCUUGACAAACUGAUGCUGCCCCUGGAAGAUGAGGCGGGUUGGGCGCCAGGGCCGCCUUGGGGUGGUGGGCCACCCCGAGGGGUGUCUGACAGCGAGGCGGGCUCGCCCCCCGCCGGCCUGGACAUGGACACGUUCGACAGCGGCUUCGCAGGCUCUGACUGCGGCAGCCCCGUGGAGUGUGACUUCUCCAGCCCCAGGGACGAAGGGCCCCCCAGGAGCUACCUGCGCCAGUGGGUGGUCAUGGCCCCUCCGCCUGCAGGGCCGGGGCCCCAGGACAGCUAGUGAGGCUGAUGGCUGUUCAGAACUGGCCGUGCCCCCGGGCGGCGAGGCAUGGGCGCCUGGGCUGUGGUGGGAAGAGGCCUGCAGCCUUUGGUCUCCCAGGGC